GAAUAAUUUGCUCCGAUUCGCUUCUUCUUACGAGACGGGAAAAAAGAUCCGGCCAUUCCGCCUGCUUUCAGAGACGGGCGUCCGUUUCCUAGUUCCCUCUCCUAAACCUCGGCGUUGUUCGUUCAGUUAGCGGUUGCCGAUGGAGGAUCUGAAGUUUGCGCUAAAGGGACACGCAGAUCUUGUUGGGGAAUUUCUCGAGAGGGUCUCUGCUGAGAUGCGUGGUGGAUUCCGACCCGCCGUGGACAACUUCGUUGGGUUCUUCCACGCCAUCGAUUGGAACGAACCAUGGUUGAUAAGCUUAUUAUUGUUCCACUUCACUUUACUGGUGAUAGCCUUCAUAUCAAGGAAGAGAAUCAAUUUCCAACUAGGCCUAUCCAUUUUUGCAUUUUCUGGAGUGUAUCUAGCUGAGAGGAUUAACAGGUUUCUGUCUAAGAACUGGAAGAGCUUUGCUGGCCAGAAUUAUUUUGAUCCCAAUGGCCUAUUCAUUUCUGUGCUCUGGUCUGGUCCUCUUCUGCUCAUAUCAAUAAUACUUGUGAUUAACACACUCAUAACUCUCUGCAAACUUAUUGUGAAGUGGAAGAAAGCUGAGCUGAGACACCGUGCCAGGCUUGCACGUGGCAAGCAGGAUUAAUAGCCAUAUGAUGAUUAUGUGUAAGAUCUAGAUUUUUUUUUCUUUUAUUUGAUUGUGGAAUUCUGCCAUAUUUUUCUUUCUUUUUGACUGUGGAUGCUCUUUGGGUUUUGGGGAUGAAAAAUUAAAUUUUAUGCAAUAUUUGCUGCUGUUGAAGUGGUUUUUUUUAUUGGAAUUACAAAUUUAUGAGCAA